GAUUAGGUGGAGGCAGAAGGCAGAAGCGAGCAGCGAACGCGGGGAUUGUCGUCUGGGUCGCAGCGAGAGUGAGCGAGCGGGCAAAGCGGAGCGAAAAAUCCACCAGUCAUUUACCUCCAAGAGCCAAUUCCAAGCACCAACAAUGUUACAAACCAGGAUUUUCCUAACCGGGCUCCUCUUUAUUAGCACCGCAGCCGCACUGCAAGUUGAUAUCAUGCCAUCCCAGGGAGAGGUCAGUGUGGGAGAGUCCAAAUUUUUUCUAUGUACAGUGACUGGAGAUGUUAGCACCAUUUCCUGGUAUUUGCCUAAUGGUGAAAAAAUUGAUCCAAAUCAACAACGGAUUGCUGUUGCAACAGUAACUGAAGUAUCUUCUAGCCUGACCCUCUACAGUGCCAACAUCGAUGAUGCUGGCAUUUAUAAAUGUGUGGCAACGUCAAAGGAUGGGAAUGAUUCAGAGGCUACUGUUAAUGUUAAGAUCUACCAAAAACUUGAAUUCAGGAAUGCCCCUUCGCCACAAGAGUUCAAAGUGGGUGAUGAUGCAGUUGUCAUUUGUGAUUCUGUCAGUUCACCUCCCCCUACCAUCACAUGGAAGCACCGAGGCAGAGAUGUUGUACUGAAGAAAGAUGUUCGUUUCAGUAUGUUGUCCAACAACUACUUGCAAAUUCGCAACAUUAGGAAGACAGAUGAAGGUACUUACAGAUGCGAAGGAAGAAUCGCUGCCCGUGGUGAAAUCAAAUUCAAGGAUAUAAAAGUUAUCGUUAAUGUCCCUCCCAGCAUACGUGCCCGGGACAUAGUGGUAAAUGCCACAGCGCACAGUGGUCAGUCUGUCACAUUAGCCUGUGAUGCAGAUGGCUUCCCAGAGCCACAGGUGACCUGGAAGAGGGAUGAUGUGGUAAUUGAAGCAGAUGGGGAUAAAUACAUUAUGAAUGAGGAUGGCUCUGAGCUCACGAUAAACAAAAUCGGAAAAAGGGAUGAUGGAGAUUACAUCUGCAUUGCACAGAAUAAGGCUGGAGACGUUGAACUGGAGAUCACCCUCAGAGUUUUCGUGAAACCUGAAAUUACAUAUGUAGAAAACAAGACUGCAAUAGAACUUGAAGAACAGAUUAUAUUGACCUGUGAGGCUAAGGGUGACCCAACCCCAACCAUUGUUUGGAUGAAAGGCACCCACACUUUCAAGGAUGGAGAACAGGCUUCAUGGACACGGCCCGUGAUGCUAAAGACUAUGGAUGGACGAAUUGAGGUUCAAAGCUAUGCAAGAGUUUCUUCCCUGACUCUCAAGGACAUUCAGCACACAGAUUCUGGUGAAUAUAUCUGCAAAGCUCAAAAUUCAAUUGGCCAGGACUCGGAGUCUAUGUACCUGGAAGUUCAGUAUGCACCAAAGCUGCAAGGCACAGUGACUGUUUACACUUGGGAGGGAAACCCUGUAAAUAUCACCUGUGAGGUUCUUGCUCAUCCUCAUGCUCUUGUAACCUGGUUUAGAGAUGGACAGCAGUUACCAAGCUCCAACUACAGCAGUAUAAAGAUCUAUAACACACGAUCCACCAAUUACCUUCAGGUAACUCCUGAUUCAGAAAAUGACUUUGGUCCCUACAACUGUACAGCAAGCAACCGUGUAGGCAUGGAAUCCAAAGAGUUUAUCCUAGUGCAAGCUGAGACCCCAUCUGCUCCAACAGUUCUGGAUACUGUCCCAUAUUCCAGCACUGUGCAGGUCAAGGUAGAAGAACCAGAAUCAACUGGUGGUGUGCCAAUUCUGAAAUACCUAGUGGAAUGGAAAGUCAAGGAUAGUGAAGAAUGGUUCACAAAGAAUGCUGAUGCAAGGGAAGUCCUAGGUUCAGACAAUAUCAUUACGGUCAGUGGACUGAUCCCAGAAACCAUGUACAGCCUGCGGUUAUCUGCCAUCAAUGGAAAGGGAACCGGUGAUGCAAGCCAAAUCACUAAGUUCAAGACAGAGCCAGUUCUAUUCACUGGUGAGCCAACUACUCUGUCUCCAUCUUCUUUUCCAUCAAUUGAUUCAGCUAAAGGAGAACCAAGUCCACCAAAACUUGAAGGAAAGGUGCUCGGAAAUGGAAACGUCUUCAAAGUAAACUGGAUCAAGCAGGAUGACGGUGGUUCCCCUAUCCGACAUUACCUGGUCAGAUACAAAGCUAAACAUCACUCGGACUGGAAACCUGAGAUGAGAUUACCGUCUGACAGCGAAUAUGCUAUUCUCGCAAACCUGGAGUGGAACUCUGAGUAUGAGGUUUACGUCGUGGCUGAGAACCAGGAAGGCAAGUCGGAGGCCGGAUCUGUCUCCUUCCGGACAUCGGUAGAACCCACUGUCAUUCCAGCAACUUUGGGUGGUUCAUCAAUAUCAUGCACACUCUUCUCAUUACUCUUCUCUGCAAUUCUAGUUGUUUUGCUGUCUUAGACCCUCAAUAAAGGCAUGCUGGUUUCUCCCCAGACAGUUCAACACACAAUUUUAUGCCUUUGCAGUUGCUUCAGAUGUAUUUGAAUGUUACUUAUAAACAGAAUUGUACCAUUUGUAUUCAAAACAAAUGAGCUGUUUAAGCGAAAUGUCAAUUUAAAAUCCGUUCUCCUUCAUGUAGUUCUUUUAUGUGCAUGUACAUUUAGUUUUCAUUUUACCUAAGCUAAGAUUUUCUGCCAAUUUCUUCAUUUUCCUUUAGAAGACUAUUUCUGUUGCCCUGUAAUUGCCUUGUUUUGUGAGGAUCUGUCACUCCCUGUUGCUACAUUCUAGAGUUAGUUAUUUCUUCAAAUUUCUGUCAUCUUCCUUUUCCUCUUUCACCCAACAUGUCAUUACUGUAGCCUGGCAGCCUGAUGAAUGGAACAAUGGCUCGAAGGAAUUAGCAACUGUAUGUGUGUAAACAGAAGUAAAACCAUGGUAUAAAUAUUGUAUAUUGUAUAUCUGGAACAGCUACAAAAAAUUUCAUACAAGUUAUUGUCAAUUUAAAGUUUAAUUGAAAAAUAAUUAAAAUGUAAUUUUUGAUUUAAGAAUCUAGUUCCAAAAAUGAUACCGAGGUUUUUUGCUGUAUUUUGCCAAUUGGUAUUUUAGUGGUAAUGCAAGCACAUGCAAGGAAAGCUUAUCUCAAGCACACAGCUUGGUUAAAUAUGCUUAAUUUUGUACAGCAAUGCUAGCAUGCACCAUCCCGUAUGCAGGAGACUCCUGAAAAUGUGUGUAGGUCUUGGCUCUAGAUAUUUUUUCCAGUGCUUUCUCUAACUAAGCUAUUUGUAAGCAAAUUAAUGUAGACUCCUAAGGUCUGACUGCAGUAUGGUAGAAUUGCCUUAAAUAUAAAGAUUCUAAUUCAAUUGUUUUUACAGAUAAAAAAAAAAUGUGCCAUAGGUAACUAAGAAAAUGUGGAGGCAUAUUGCUAUAAUUUCCUCAAGACACACGCAAUUGACUAAAUUCUAUUUCCUUAAAUAAAUAGUUUUCAUUAAGAAACGGUUAAUUUAUUUAUAUACACUUAUUUGUUCUGGUUCAUAAUUUACAUCUGUGUUGACAUGACUUUAUAUGAUCAAGAAUUAGAUUUAAAGUUUCCUCUAAAAUACAAAUCAAGAAUAGAGAUAAAAGCAACCUGAUUUUUUUUUUAAAAUGCACACAUCAAGACUGCCAGCAUCUAAAACCUUGUAUUAACAUUUGGAUAUAAACUUCAUCAGAACUGGAAAAUAAGCAAGGUCAUUUAUAGAACUGAACAAAGAGAAGGGAGAAUUUGGGUUAGUUCUCUUUUUUUAAAUCUGCAAACUAGUCCACUGUGUAAUUCUGUGUUUAUAAUGUGGGAUAUGGUCAAAGCCGUGUUUAAUUGGUAAUGAAUUAGAAAAUGUACCUGUUUAUUCAUUGUAAUCAUCAUGCACUGUAUCUGCGUUGUUCACAUUGAGUAUGUGACCAGUAACUUGUUAUAAGUUAUUUUUCAUUGAAAAAACUUUUCAUAUUUGCAUGUUUUCACAGAAACGCAACCGAUAAAUACUACAAAACUAAUCAUGGCAAUCAGAUAAACAGGAAAAGGCUUUGUUAUAGCAUUGAAUACCAAACUAAUAAAUGUAACAAUAUUUCUAUGUGGCAUUUAUUCUCAAUACGUUUAUUUCUUUAACUAAUUCCAUCUUUAUUUAACUAAUCCCUACGAAGCACCCAAUAAAUUUAAUGCAACAAGGAAAUGAAAAGCAAGUGGAAUCCCUAUUGAUUGCCAUUGUUUGAAUUGCCUGAUAGGUUAGGGUGUGGCAGGACAGUUCAUCCAAAUGCUUUCUGUUCUGCCAUUUUCCUCUGUUAUUGUCAAAGAGGUGCACUUACUGAAUUUAGCAAUGAUAUUAGUUCUAAAUAACUCAGUACCUUUCCACGGAAGUGGUCAAUGUUUUUAUGGUGAAAUCUCAUUUAUUUGCUAAUGUGAGCUGUAUCUAGUCCAUAUUUUGUUAUUACUAGGCAAGAAUUGUUGCUAUUAAACAGGAUGGAAGUUAUUAAUUACUAAAACGUACCUCAAUUGAGGCAUGUCCAUGCUUGAAUGGAAAAUAAAUUUGCAUUUGGCAUAAAAAA